UAGACAAGAAAAAUUAUCGUUUAUUCAGUCGCCGGUUUUAUGUAGAUAUAGGUACUAUAUGGACAUCGUCUCGAUUCAUAUACUAUUAUAUAUAAUAUAUAUCAUAUGAUAAAUCUAUAUUGAGUGAUUAUAUCGUAGUCCGACCGGGUCCCUCGCCUAUAUAAUAUGUAUAGUUCUAUAUAACUAUUAAUACGUAUUUUAUGCAUGUACCAUUUUGCGUAUUCGAUCCGCAUGUAAAUAAAUACACAUAUAUACGAGAAUCGGUCGAAAAACUAAGCGCGUUUACGGUAAUUAAUACCACGAGAUAUAUAUAAUGGCGCCGAAAUUUGUGGCGUUUAUGUUUUUGAUGUGUUACGUGAUCGUGAAAAACGUUGAAUCGGCUAAGCUCCAAGCUCUACCGUUACCGUCGUAUAUCGGUAAGGGCUGUCUGAGGGACGACCCAAACCUAAACGAAUGUGUCGUGCGCAAAGGAGCUCCAGUAAUUGAGCGUUUAGUCAAAGGUGACCCAAAGUACCGGAUACCGAAGUUAGAUCCUUUGGUCAUACCAGAGUUAACGAUCAAGCAGGGUACCAAACAAGUGGGUCUGACGAUGACGUGCAAAAACUGCGAGCUGCACGGACUAAAAGAGACGCGAUUCGUCAAAGCCAGAGUGGACGAGAAAAAGAAACACGUUGAAUGGGACUUUGAACUCGAUCAAUGUAUGUUUUUGGGACAAUAUUCAGUCUCGGGACAAGUCUUGAUAUUGCCGAUCAAAGGCGACGGAGAUGCCAAUAUCACAGUCAACGGCAUAACGUUUACAUAUUUGUAUGACUAUGAACUAGUCAAACGAGCGAAUGAAAGAGACUAUGUUGAUAUUACCAAGAGUGAAUUGAAGUUCAAUGCUAACGGAAUGAAAUUGAAAUUAGAUAAUUUAUUCAACGGAGACAAGCUUUUGGAACUGUUACAAUAGCUAGAAACUUCAUGCCUUCAUCGAUUAAACCAUCAUAGUUCAUACAUCUUUCACCUGCUGGCUGCUGUUAUAUUUUUAAGAAAGAUAUUAUGCAAUAAUAUAGGUACCUACUAUUGUUUAAAAUGUGGUUUACUAUAUUACAUAUUAUUACAUUAUAUUAUAUUAUAUUUUUAUGUAACAAUAAGACCUAUCAUACAUAUAAUAGAAAUUUGUGUUUGAAAUUUUUACCUAUAAAUGGCUAAAUUUGGAUUGACAAUAAGUAAUAUUGUCUAGAAUAAAACUGAUAACACAAAAUCCUCUACAAGAAAUAUAGUACCUAUAUAGUUAUAUACCUAUAUUAAUUGGUAAUAUCUAAUAAUAGUAAUAAUACUAGUAAUAUAAUUAGUUAUAAGUAGGUAAUAGGUAUACUAAUAAGAAGUGUUAUCAAUUAUAAUAUUAUAAUAUUGUAUUUAUUUAUUAUUAUUUAUGAAUAAUACAUAUUUUGAAAUUGCACUAUCUAAAAGUCUUCUUUUAUUGUUCAUAUAAUAUAAUAUUAUUAUACUGUUAGACAGGGAGCUAUUGACGGUUUUACCUCACCCAUCUUAGCUUCCUUUAAAUUUGUAUGGCUAAUAGAAUCGGGUUUUGCUGAAUACGAUAGAAAAACGGUAAACGGUCACUUUGUACGGUCCAUUGUUUGAAAUGCUUUACGCGGACACUUUGUCCUAUUAUAUACAUAAAGUAUAUAUUAUAAAUAUAAGUUAUAUACCUGGCAAUAAUUAACUAUUCAAUUUAUGUAACCAACAUAAAAAAAAAAGGUGGGUAAGUGGAUGUCGCUCUGCUGUACAGUAGGUUACAAGUGGGUCACUGAUUAGACGUCGUCCCCACUACGGCGGCGCGUCAUUCGCUGCCACGGAACAAAGCCUCGCACAUGCGAACAACUCAGCCGCCAAAGGUUGUUCUUUUUUUGAAUAGUGUAAUAUAAUAUAGUUUAUUAUACUAUAAGAGGAAAAAAUAAUCAAAAAAAAUAACAUUUACAACAAUAUUGAAGUUUUAAUACAUUUUUAUUUAAGAGCAUCCAUUUUCAACAUGAUAAAUAUUAUUCGAAUUACAUAAUUUAUUUCAUUUUUUAUAAUCCAAAUUAAGCUGUAUGUAUUUGAAUUCGGACUAACAGUAUAUUGUAGCAUGUAGGUAUAAUAUUAGCUGACAUAUAUUUAAGAGAUUUCCUUUAAAAUUGACCAAAUGAGUUUUGUAACAUUUAAGAAUUCAAAAGGUUUAAUUUUAAUACAUACAGUAAUUAUUGUAACAUAAGUAACAAAAAAUAACAUACAUAUUUUUUUUUUAAAUAGCUUGAUUUGAAUUAACUACACAA